AUGGCAGUUGCAAAGAAACCCGUGGCUAAAAAAGCCCAACUGCACCAGAAGUCUGGUAAGAAGGGAGUCAAAGGUGGCAAAAUCCGCGGUAAAGGCAUCAAGCGGAAGAUCAAUCUGAAGUUCAUGAUCGACUGCACCCAUCCGGCUGAAGACAGCAUCCUCGAUGUAGGCAACUUCGAAAAAUAUUUGAAGGAGCGUGUCAAAGUUGAGGGCAAAACAAAUAACCUGGGCAAUCACGUUGUCAUCGCCAGGGACAAGACCAAGAUCUCCAUCAACGCAGAUAUUCCCUUCUCCAAGAGGUACCUGAAAUACUUGACCAAGAGGUACCUCAAGAAGAACAACCUCCGUGAUUGGCUGCGAGUAGUGGCAUCUGCACACGACUCGUAUGAACUCCGUUACUUCAACAUCAAUGCUGACAGUGACAAUGAAGAUAACGAAGAUUAA